AAUGUGACUUGUGCAAUUUUUUUAUUUGCCUGUAAAAUGUGUUUACUAAGAUAAACAUAUAUUUGACCGUGAACACUGAGCUGUGUCUAAAUUGUUUGCUGUUGUCUGGGGUGGGUGGUGGUGUCAGGCUACUGUUGUCUGUGGAUUUGUGGCCCAAAAUUUCCUCUAUGAGGAUGGAAUGAAAGAAUGGAAGUGGUAAAGAUAGAGUGUGUCUGAUAACCUCAGAUUUUUUAGAGAUGCUCUUUUGGACAUAGACUCUUGGUUGAGAAUGAUAAAUGUUCAGUUAUUACUAAUUGAGGUGGGGAAUAACACUGUAGAAGGGUAAUAGUUUUGGAAAUUAAUCUGAGCUCAAAGGCUUAGGCAGAGUUGAUGCCAGUGCAGUGCUCACGUGUAACCUGAUAAAUUGAAUUUUAGCUGUUCUAGUAAGUUCAAGUAUGUAAGUUCUGAAAAUAUUUUUAGGAGACCUUGUAGCCUAUCACUCAGAUUGAUAAGGUGUUACUUUGACCUUUCCCCCCCUCUCGUCUAACAGACAAGCUAUUUUCUCAAAGUGUGCCCUGGAGAAAUGUGACAUUCGAAGUUCAAACAAAACAUUGCAGGUGGAUGAGCUGUUCUUCAUCCUGUGACUAAAUGUUGAAAGGAUUUUAGUGUUCUUCAGGAACAGUCCUGUCUUCUGUAGUGGUUUGAAGUUCCCAAACAUAGAUUUAAUUAGAGAUUAUGUAGGAUUAAUACAGAUUAAUAAAAUAAAUAAGAUUAUUGUGUCUGCUGCUGUAAAAAUGCACCUAUUUAGGGGGAGAUCUCUGUGGUGUAUUAUGGAUCUCCUCCACAUUCCUUUCCCACUGCUUUCAAACCUUCCCUCCUGGCAUUCCUGCUAGAUCACACCUCAUGCUCCUUUUAGUGUUUUUAUGUAUCGAUGAGGAGAAAUGGUGCCCUGAAACCUUAACUUUGGUUCAUCUUUUUUGCUUUUUUUCCGCCCCCCCCUCAAAAAAUGCAUUUCUGGAAUGAAUAAUUCCUAAUGCAAGUAUCUCAUAUGGGUAUUUUACACUUAGAAUCUACAUCUUAAUGACAUAGCUUUAAUUUUAAGUAGCUUUAAUCUUCACCAGCAGAUCUUUUUGAACGUUUUGAGUGAGUUUUUUUUCUCUCAGAAACCUCCUAAACUCCUUAACAUGUUGGACAGUUACUUAAUCUUUUAAAAAGCUCUUGCAUUUUCAUUCUAGCAAUAAGAGAGAUAAGUUGGAGCUCUAGAUAUGCUUUAUCAAUCCAAGUGUGGGUUGUGGUUCUGCUGAUAAAUGCAAUGUGUUUUCUUUCCAGCUCAGGCUUGUGCAGAUGUUCUGGCAUUAGCCAAAGAAGCUAGAAAGCGAAACCUUGGUCCUCUUCAUCCUUCCUUUAAUGUGAUAAAGAUAAUAAGAGAUGGGCUGAUGAGAAAUCUUCCAGAAAACACGCACCAGUUGUCAUCGGGCAGACUGUGUAUUUCACUAACCAGAGUAUCAGAUGGAAAAAAUGCCUUAAUAUCUAAUUUUAACUCUAAAGAAGAAGUUAUACAGGCUUUAAUCUGUAGUUCAUUUGUCCCUAUUUACUGUGGCCUCAUUCCACCAUCGUUUAGAGGUGUGCGCUACGUGGACGGAGGAAUCAGUGACAACUUGCCUCACUAUGAGUGUAAGAACACCAUCACAGUGUCCCCUUUUGCUGGGGAGUGUGACAUCUGUCCCAAGGGGAAGUCAGCCAACUUCCAUGAGAUGAAUGUGACCAACACCAGCAUUCAGUUCAGCCUGGGCAACCUUUAUCGCUUAACACAAGCGCUCUUUCCACCUGAACCCAAGGUACUUGGAGAGAUCUGUGAGCAGGGAUAUUUGGAUGCUCUUAAAUUCUUGAAGGAGAAUGGUAUUCUGAAUGACUCAAUUUAUAUCCACUUGUCCUACACGAAAAGAAUCCCUCAUGAGGCUGAACAACAACAUAUUGACCAUGUGAAGAGAAGAAAAUUGUCAGAAAAUAACAGAGUAGAAACCUUGAAAAUGACCAGCUUAAAUGACCAGCUAAAGCAAAAUCCAUGGCCUUUGGAGAAGAGCAUAUUUGAGAGUCUACCUCCCAGACUUCGUAGAGCUCUGCAGGAAGCUUGUAAAGAACAGAAUGGAUUCUAUGCUCAGUUCUCUAAACUCUUCCCCAUGAGGGUGAUAUCCUACCUGAUGCUGCCAUACACACUCCCAGUGGAGUCUGCUUACUCAGUUGCUUUACGGUUGGUGAACUGGUUUCCUGACAUGCCUGCUGACGUUCGAUGGAUGCAGGAGCAGCUUUUCCGGAUUGCUGCCACAGUUUAUGCCCAGGCUAAAAGCAAGCUGUUCUGUACAGCCAGGAAAGACAAUUAUGCAUCACUAAGAAAAUGUCAAACUGUCCCAUCUACUGUGGAAUUUCGUUCCUCAUACUGCCACCUUAAAAUGCCUCACUCUGCUGCACACAUUGAGAGCUGGCUCUGGGAAUCUUCAUGCUUUAUGCACUCAACUAUGAAAAAUGCUUCUGCUGAUACCCAGGAGCAGUCAGACUUAAAGUCCUAUCCUAAUUUCCUCCCAAAUCCUGAGGAGUCUGCAUUGGAAAUAGAUGUUGACUCUUCCUUAGAGACAAGUUUCCAAACUGCUCCAGAGUAUUAAUUGGGAAGUAGGUUCCACAGUUUCCAAAAUUUAAAUUUGGCACAGAAAAUUAAAACCUAGACUAGGGAUCACUUUGUUUGUUGCCAAUAAGUCUUGGGAAAUUACUUGUGUACAUCUUCCUGGCAAAUCUGCCUUGGGAAUUUUACUGUUUCAAGGAUUAUAAAAACAGUGGCUGCUACACUAAGUAACAGAUUAUAGCUCUGUUGAAGCACCAGCUCAAUGAACUCUACUAAGACUUGUAGUUAAAUACUGUCUCUCUGGAAAUAAAUCUUUUUAAAAAUUACUUUCAGCAUAAAAAUGUAAAUUCUGUAAACAUAUUGUUAGACAAACAAGCAUAGAUAACAGAACAUUUUUUAAAAUGUAAUUCUUAACAAUAUUAUGUGUUAGGAUUACUUUUAUAGCAUUUAAAUGAAAUUGGACUUUUACUCCCUUAAGAGGAAUACACAAGUGAGUUUCUUAGUGGCCUCCAGUGUCCAUUUGCCUUAUAUUUAAAUACUGUUGUGUUUAUGGAAAGUUGUCUGCACAAGACAUUGUAGGAACAGUAUUAUUCUAGGUUGUUGUAUGUACUCUGCAGUUCCUAAUACCUUUCCUCUGUGUCUAUUUCCCUCCUGAAAUACUUCAGGUGAAAAUGACAUGAGAAAUGGGGCACCUUCCCCCAAAGUGUAAACAAGUAUGCUUUCAAUGAUUUCAGAGGACUUCUUUUAUUUUAUUUUUUUUUUGGAACUUAAUAUAAAGGCUUAAUAGUUGAUCAAGUGUUGAAAAGUAGAUAAAAUAGUGAUUGUGGUUAGUAGCAAACAUAGUUAAACUUUGCAGAAGAUGUUAGUAAGAAUCAUUGUAUGGCAAGUGGUGAAUGAUUAGGUUGUCUCUCUAAUUGUUGUCAGAUCAUUUUUUAUUUUUUUCCCCUCCAGUUUCAGAUUUUUCUUUUCUUCUUUCAUUUCCCUGUUGCUAAAGAAAGAAAGGUGUCCUGUCUCAGUGAGGUAGGAUAACCCAAAGGAAGUUUCCCAAAAUUGUCAGGAGCAGCAAAAGUGUAAGACUUGGUAGAGGUAUCAAUAUUCAGGGAUCUCUGCAGCUAUCUCAAAUAACAGGUUGAAAAUUUAGCCAAAUCAUACCUCUAUUGAGAGCUGGCAGCUUAAACCAUUUUCACUACAAAGAUUCUGCAUGAUUUUAACAACAACAAUGCAUCAGUAGAUGAGGGCAUCUGGGAAGGAAAGUGGUGUUAGGAUUUAUCACUGUUCUGAUGGCUUUCCAGGUCUUGUACAAUUUUUAAGUAGAAGGAAACAAUAAUGGCUUUAAAGUUGAUUUGCACAUAUGUUUGGGGGGAGCCUGUGAAACUUCCCAAUCAAGAGAGGGAAUUCCGUGCAACCCAGGGAAGAGCUGCUUGAAGGCCUCUUGUCCAGGGAAAGAGGCUGAACUGUGAUGCUCAGGAGCUGGGGCCAUGGGAGUGUGAACUUUGGGCAAAAUGUAGCACUUGAACUGGGCCUGCCUGUCAAACAGUUGUUUGAUUUCCCUAAGCUUGGAGUGCUGCAUUUUACAAUAUUCAGGUGGAUUUUAGGUUGGGGAGGAAGUGCUGUGCUCUCUAUUUCCAUGCUCUACCAGGCUGGUGCUACUUAAUUUUAACACUUCUGUUCAUUUCUGGGGUGUAGAUAACUUCAGACUUGCAAAAAAAAAGUUGGAAUUGUUACUCUAACUACAGUUAAAAUAUACAAGAUCUGUUUUAAUUUGUCUUCACUCAUUAGUUUACUAUUAUGUAUUAGAAUUGAAGCAGGAAUGUCAAGUCUUUGGUCUUUAUUGGAAUACUUCUAUUAACUACAUUUAAAUCAACCUUAACCACUUUUUCUGUUAGGCACAGCUCCCAUUUUGUCUCCCUUUUCUAAAAUAAAAACACAGUCUCUUCUGUUAGCAAGGUC